AUGGAACUGCACAUUUGGCCAUCCGACUUUGGUCUACCCACAAUUGACGUCUCCUCCUUGCAGUUUUUGGCCUGCUCAAAAAUGUGCGCAAGCCCUGUUCGAGUGGUCCAGUCGGCUCGCCCAUGGAGAAGUCCCAAUGGAGAGCUCCCAAUGGUCGCGCAAAUCGAUGGAAACGCAAAACCAGUGACGGAUUUUGAAAAAUUCGUAGAUAUUCUCAAAAAGUGUGGUCAGGACGUUGUAAUCGAUGCGGAUCUAACAACCAUCGAGCGAGCUCAACUGGACGCAUUCUCCUGUUACCUCCAUCAUAAUUUGUAUCCAGCAGUGCUCCACACCUUCUGGGCAGACGAUUUAAACUAUAAUACAGUGACGCAAUACUGGUAUGCCUCCCAUUUGCACUUCCCAUACAAUUUGUAUUACCUGGAGAAGCGAAAGAAGAAGGCUUUGAGAAUGUUAGGGGGUAAAAAUGAUACUGAAAUUCUAAAGGACGCAUUUAUGGCCUUGAAUACGUUAUCAACGAAGCUGGGAGACAAUAAAUUCUUCUGUGGAAACAAACCUACUUCGCUAGAUGCCCUUGUAUUUGGAUACCUGGCUCCUCUUCUUCGUGUACCUCUUCCAAAUGAUCGUCUUCAAGUUCAGCUGUCCGCUUGUCCAAAUUUAGUGCGCUUUGUGGAGACCGUCUCCUCAAUCUACCUGCCACUCAGUGAGGAUGAGCUAAAGCGCCAGCAAUCGAAUCGGAAAAUGUGGCAAUCUCGAAUUUCCAAGGCUAAAGCUGAUAAAGAAGCAGCGAAGACUACCGAGGAGGCAGCUGAGGCGAUUCCAGAUGAGCCACCGAUGCGAGACGCCAUUCUGUUCACGAUUGGAGCGUUGGUGUUGUCUGUGGCAUUCGCUAUUCACACAGGAUUGAUUCAAGUCUCGGUGGAGGAGGAAAUCGCUGAAUAA